AUGGAGGAGGAGGAGUUAGAAGAGGAGCGACGUGUUGCGAGUGAGUUUGAGGAUGAAGAAACAGGAGCGAGGAGUGCACCAGGGAGGUCUUUGACACCCACGUUUCACAUCUGUUUAAUUGUUCUGCUAUUCUCAGUUCCCAGAGGAGGGGGCAGUUUCAAAAGGGUCAAGGUGUUUGACGCGUCAGUGGAACAUGUCGCCUCUCACAUGUUCCUCAGAAGCCUCUGUCUGCAGAAGACCGUCUACGCCUCACCAAAUCCAGAGAUGAUCACAAUAUACUACUACAAGUCAGACUUCAAAAAGUUCAGAGGGAUCCCAGUGGUCCUGAACUUCACAGGGUCUGACUGUUUCCUCAAGUGCUCCAAAGAAGAAGAGAGAAUCCUCCUCCAAGUGGAGGUUUGUGAAAAGCAGAAACUGCAGAAGAUCUCCAAAAGCGACGAGGGCACCCUUUCGUUUGUCUUCUACAUGAAGGGUGAUCGGACAGACGACCGGACCUUUGAGUCAGCGCUGCACCUCGGCUGGUUCAUCCAAAUUGUCAACACAGACUCAGUGGAAGUAACAGAAAAAGAGCGACCUGAAGAGGAUAAUCAUUUCCGUGUCAUCAUUCAGAAGAAUUAAUAGAGCUAAACACAGACUGAAUUGAGCCACCUGGUUCAAUGAUACACAAGCUCUUUCCACUUUGCCAGAUUCUGCUAUUGCAGAAGUGUGUUGAUAUGUAUCAUAUAACUAAUGUUUUUGCAUAUGUGUGAAAAAGAGAUGAGUGAAGUCAUGUUCGGUAAUUUUGGUUUUUAAAGUAAACUUUGAAAGCUACUUG